UAGGUGUUUAGGGAGUAGCUGCCGUUUAUCCCUUCCCAAGACAGCAGAGGCGCUGCUGUGCUCAUAGAAGGCUGAAGUGGUAAGGGAUCUUGUGGCUGUCAGGAUGGCAGAGGAGCAGGAGUUCACCCAGCUCUGCAAGUUGCCUGCGCAGCCCUCCCACCCACACUGCGUGAACAACACCUACCGCAGCGCACAGCACUCCCAGGCUCUGCUCCGAGGGCUACUGGCUCUCCGGGACAGUGGGAUCCUCUUCGAUGUUGUGCUGGUGGUGGAGGGCAGACACAUCGAGGCCCAUCGCAUCCUGCUAGCUGCAUCCUGUGAUUACUUCAGAGGAAUGUUUGCUGGGGGAUUGAAAGAGAUGGAACAGGAAGAGGUCCUGAUCCACGGCGUGUCCUACAAUGCUAUGUGCCAAAUCCUACAUUUCAUAUACACCUCCGAGCUGGAGCUCAGCCUGAGCAAUGUGCAAGAGACACUGGUGGCUGCCUGCCAACUUCAGAUCCCAGAAAUUAUCCAUUUCUGCUGUGAUUUCCUCAUGUCCUGGGUAGACGAAGAGAACAUUCUUGAUGUCUACCGGCUGGCAGAGCUGUUUGAUUUGAGCCGCCUGACUGAGCAACUGGACACCUACAUCCUCAAAAACUUUGUGGCCUUCUCUCGGACUGACAAGUACCGCCAGCUUCCACUGGAGAAGGUCUACUCCCUCCUCAGCAGCAAUCGCCUGGAGGUCUCCUGCGAGACCGAGGUAUACGAGGGAGCCCUUCUCUACCAUUACAGCCUGGAGCAGGUGCAGGCUGACCAGAUCUCGCUGCAUGAGCCCCCAAAGCUCCUUGAGACAGUGCGGUUUCCGCUGAUGGAAGCUGAGGUCCUGCAGCGGCUGCAUGACAAGCUGGACCCCAGCCCAUUGAGGGACACAGUGGCCAGUGCCCUCAUGUACCACCGGAACGAGAGCCUACAGCCCAGCCUGCAGAGCCCGCAAACGGAGCUGCGGUCGGACUUCCAGUGCGUUGUGGGCUUCGGGGGCAUUCACUCCACGCCGUCCACUGUCCUCAGCGACCAGGCCAAGUAUCUAAACCCUUUACUGGGAGAGUGGAAGCACUUCACUGCCUCCCUGGCCCCCCGCAUGUCUAACCAGGGCAUCGCGGUGCUCAACAACUUCGUAUACUUGAUUGGAGGGGACAACAAUGUCCAAGGAUUUCGAGCAGAGUCCCGAUGCUGGAGGUAUGACCCACGGCACAACCGCUGGUUCCAGAUCCAGUCCCUGCAGCAGGAGCACGCCGACCUGUCCGUGUGUGUUGUAGGCAGGUACAUCUACGCUGUGGCGGGCCGUGACUACCACAACGACCUGAAUGCUGUGGAGCGCUACGACCCUGCCACCAACUGCUGGGCAUAUGUGGCUCCACUCAAGAGGGAGGUGUAUGCCCACGCAGGCGCGACGCUGGAGGGGAAGAUGUAUAUCACCUGCGGCCGCAGAGGGGAGGAUUACCUGAAAGAGACACACUGCUACGACCCAGGCAGCAACACUUGGCACACACUGGCUGAUGGGCCUGUGCGGCGCGCCUGGCACGGCAUGGCGACCCUCCUCAGCAAGCUGUAUGUGAUCGGGGGCAGCAACAAUGAUGCCGGAUACAGGAGGGAUGUGCACCAGGUGGCCUGCUACAGCUGCACGUCUGGACAGUGGUCUUCCGUCUGCCCACUCCCUGCUGGGCACGGUGAGCCUGGCAUUGCCGUGCUGGACAACAGGAUCUAUGUGCUAGGUGGCCGCUCACACAACCGUGGCAGCCGCACGGGCUAUGUGCACAUUUACGAUGUGGAGAAGGACUGCUGGGAGGAGGGGCCCCAGCUGGACAACUCCAUCUCAGGCCUGGCGGCCUGUGUGCUCACCUUGCCUCGCUCCCUGCUCCUCGAGCCGCCCCGCGGUACCCCUGACCGCAGCCAGGCCGACCCGGACUUUGCCUCUGAGGUGAUGAGUGUGUCUGACUGGGAGGAGUUUGACAACUCCAGUGAGGACUAGGCUUCCUGUGCCUGGUGUCAGAGGGAAGGGCGGCUGGGGCUGCAGGGCAGUGAAACCCACGCAGCCUAGGCCACAGCACUUUACUCCAGGGCAGGACCCCCUGCCCCUGUUGGCCACAGCUUGGGGGCCCUGCCCUCUUUCUUCACACCAGCCCCUUGGCCAGCCUGCCGCAGGCAUCUCAGGGCCGUGCAGAUCCCGGCCUGUGGAUUACAUCACAGCAGGAAAUGCUUCUGAAAGGCUUUGGUCUUCCUCAGUGAGCCCUGGAGGGGUUGGCCUUCUCUUUCCUCCCUGCCUAGAUCAGUCCUUAUCCAAAGGGACCUGGGAGCUGACAGCCUGGGCAGGGGGGCUGAGGUACGUGGCAGCCCUCUUUCUGUGAAUGGGGUGGGCCUGUGGGAGUAGCUGGGGUUGGAGGAUGAGAGCUCCUGAGGGGCAGAGGAGCAGAGAUGCGUCAGCUCUCCUGGGACUGGCUCUGUGAUAAAAAGACCCCUCCCGCUGGGUUUUUAGACCCCAUGUUGUUGAUCAAUGAAAUAAAGCAUCUUACAGAAGGUGUUAACUGUU